AUGAUCAUCCAACGCCAAUCCUUUAUCAGGCCCUUCAUUUUCUCGCUUCUGGUUGUGUCCGUGACAUCGUCCAAAGUGCUCCAUCUCCUCCAACAUGCCGCUUCCCUCCCUGGUGGCCAAUUUGCACUCUACUUUCCGACAUUCUUCAUCCUUGAGACUCUUCUAUACGUAGCCGCGUGGGGGCUGCUGUUCAAGUUUACAGGUAUAAAGUCCUUUUUAGGCACUGUGGUGACAGUGGCCAUAACAUCUCUGAGCUUUAUCUUGUCUUCGUCUCAGAUUGGCUUCUAUUUUGUCACUGGCAGUGAGAUCCGCUGGGAUGCAGCCACAGCCGUGGGAAAUGACCCAGAAGGGAGAAAGCUGAUGCUUAGUGGGCUUAGAUCGUUUUUGGGAGCUGCCGGCACCCUUCUUCUGAUCUCAUGGCUGCUCAAAUAUUGGAUAUACAUUCUUAUAGGCCAUUGGAUGUCUGCGCUGUUUAGCGCAAAACCCGAAAAGGGAGACGAAGAAGGCAUCAUGGUCAGUCCGCAAAGAAGGUCACGGGCAGCACGACUCACUCAAUUUUGGACAAUAUGCGCCGCGGUAGUUAUUGGACUCUUGCGUUUGAAUCGGCCACAGGUCCCCUAUAACCAUAUGUCUGAAACUAUCCCAUUUAGCUUUUUCCGGGCUUUGGGCUCGAGGCCUUCUGAGCGGCAUCAGACUGGAGAUCAAGCAUUUCCACUCGCGGAACUGAUUGAUGAGCCCUACUGGGAAGGCCCACACGAUCACUUCAAGGGUUGGACUCCGGGAAAGCCAGACUCCAAUGCCAAAAAAGAUCGAUCCGCAUGGUCGUAUGGAAAUCUACCACCAGGGUUCGAGCGGUGGAGCGAAGGGGAAUCUGAUAGAGAUGAAGGAGACAGUGUGACUCCGGACGGGAACGGGACUUCUCAGAAUAACAUUUACAGCCCCGUGGAUGACCCUCUUCGAAUCACCAACCUCGACCGUGAAAUGCUUGAGCCUGUAGCUCGGGCUCUCAAGAACCAUAGAGUUCCCAUCACACAUGUCGUGCUUGUGUUGAUGGAAAGUGCUCGGAAGGACAUAUUCCCAUUCAAGGCAGGCUCACAUCUGCACGAGAUGAUUCUGUCAUCCUACAAUACCAAAGACCCCGAAGUACUACAAAGGGUCAACGCCAAAUUAUCACAUUUGACACCAAACGCAGAGAAGUUGACCGGUGAGACGAGUGGCCUUUCGAUAUAUAACAUGUCCAGCCCCUCCAGUGGUGGAUGGAAUGAUAAUACGGAACCAGGAAUGGGUGGAAUCAAUGUCAAUGGCAUCCUAACUGGUAGCAGUCUAUCGUUCAAAAGUGCAGUCAUGAACUACUGCGGUACGGGGCCACUGCCGGUGAACUUCAUGGAUGAGGUCAACUCCCAGAAUUAUCAGCCAUGUAUCAUGCAGAUCUUUGAAUUGUUCAACAAACUCAAGGAGAACUCGACUAAGAAGGAUACAAUGAAUCAUAAACCUGAGACUGGGCUUGAGCACAUUCAUGAUCGAAACUGGAGCUCUGUGUUCUUGCAGUCUAUCACAGGACUAUAUGACGAGCAAGAUAAGCUCAACAAUCAGAUGGGGUUUCAAAAAGCUAUCUAUCGCGAAGAAAUUGGCCAGCAAAGUGCCAAAUAUUAUCAUGAGGACAUGGAGGAGAUCAAUUACUUUGGAUACCCGGAGUACGAGAUAUAUCCAUAUCUGCGAGAUGUGGUGAACAAUACAAUUGAGAAUAAUGAACGACUUUUCCUGUCCCAUUUCACGAGCACAACCCAUCACCCAUGGGGCACGCCCUCGGCAUACCACCAAGAGCAAUACUUCGCCGGCGACGGUCUCAUGGCGAAGCACGAGGACAUCAACAAAUAUUUGAACGCAGUCCGAUACGUGGAUACAUGGCUUGGCGAUAUGAUGAAGGUCCUCGACGAAGCCGGGAUUGCAAACGAGACAUUAGUCGUAUUCGUGGGAGAUCAUGGCCAGGCGUUCACCGAAGAUGCGCCUGUCUCCGGUACCUAUGAGAACGGACAUAUCAGCAAUUUCCGCAUUCCCCUGGUUUUCCGACACCCGCUAUUGCCCGCACUCCAAAUCACAGCAAAUGCAACUUCGAUGUCUGUCGUCCCGACCAUUCUCGAUCUACUCGUGAACUCGGGCUCGUUGAAUGAGAUAGACUCAAGUGCGGCUCUAGACCUGGUGAAUGAAUACGAAGGACAGUCGUUGGUGCGCCCGUACCAAGCUACCCACAAUGGCCGACAGGCAUGGAACUUUGGCAUUAUCAACCCCGGUGGUACAAUGCUCAGUGUUGGGUCUGCGGCAGUCCCGUAUCGACUCAUAUUGCCGCUCGCUGAGGACUUUCAGUACAUUUUCUCCGAUUUAGACACCGACCCGAACGAGUUGAGUCCAUUGCGUGGGUGGUCCCUCGAGGAGUUGAUCAGUCAUGUACAAAGGCAACAUGGAGACAAAGCCGGGAAGUGGCUGGUAGACGCGGAGAAAGUGGGAAAAUGGUGGAUUGGGGAGCAGAAAAGACUAUGGAAUUACCGAUAA